CGGGCGAAAUAGGCAUUGAUUGCUUCUAAGCAGAGCCAGGGCGGGCUGCGCCAAGGUGGGAGGCACACCGGAGGGGGGUAGAGCGGGGAGGGAACCCAGGUCCGAAGGGUGGACGCGGGGUGGCGUCUGAUGCUCCCUCCAUAAAGGGCCCGCGCUCUCCGCCACGCGGGCAGCAGCCACCAGCUGUGAACACCGGCGAGAUGACGGUCGUGUGCCACCAGGGCCUGGUGCUAGCAGGUAGCGCCGCUUUGGCUACCAUGGGGACCCUGAUCCUGUACAGAGGGACACCCGGCAGGUACGGGAAACACAGCCAGAACCUGUCGUCCAGAGUUCCCCUCCUGCCAGCACGCGUCGCCUGGUUCCUGCAGGAGCUUCCCUCCUUCGUCGUGUCAGUAGGGAUGCUCGCUUGGCAGCCCCGCUCCCUCUUCGGACAGCCCGGGAACCUGCUGCUGGGUCUCUUCUCCUCACAUUACUUCCACAGAACAUUUAUUUACUCCUUGCUCACCAGAGGGAGGCCUUUCCCGGUGUUAUUCUUUCUGAGAGCCACCGUCUUCUGCAUAGGAAAUGGAUUUCUUCAAGCCCACUAUCUGAUUUACUGCGCAGAAUACCCUCAGGACUGGUACACAGAUGUCCGGUUUAGCUUGGGUAUCUUCCUAUUUAUUUUGGGAAUGGGAAUCAACAUCCAUAGUGACUGCCUGCUGCGCCAGCUUAGGAAGCCUGGAGAAGUCAUCUAUAAGAUCCCACAAGGUGGCUUGUUUACGUAUGUUUCUGGAGCCAAUUUCCUGGGUGAGAUCAUUGAAUGGAUGGGCUAUGCCUUGGCCACCUGGUCCAUUCCAGCUCUUGCAUUUGCAUUUUUCUCACUUUGUUUCCUUGGGAUGCAAGCUUUUUACCACCACAGGUUCUACCUCCAGACGUUUAAGGAUUACCCCAAAUCUAGGAAAGCCCUUAUUCCAUUUGUCUUUUAAGGAACCCCGAUUUUAAGGGACAAAGCUUCUACGGGGGAACCGCCCAGCUGCUGAAACGAUAAACUGUAAACUAUAACUGAGCUGUGUCUUGCUCAUACGUGUACAUAUCAUGAUGUGUGUGGUAACAGGUAUCUUUGUUAUUCCAGUUGCCUGAGGCAUACUGAGUCAUGCCUGCUUAACCUUUACUUCUGUCAGCCCAGGGAGCCCUGACCUAAUUUCCCGUUGGAGCGUCACAGAGGCCCUUCCAUGGAGACAUUUUCUCCUUAGCUAUUCCUUCUAGAAGCUUCCCCAUUCCUCAUUUUUUUUUCCAUUGUAUGAUCUGAAGACAUGUGACUUUUUCUUACUCUGUAUCAAUUUUGGGAAGUUGUUCUGCAGUCAAAACCCUUUGGGCUGACCUAAUGAAAAAUGAAAUCGUAGCAUUUGCAGGAAAGUGGGUAGAACUGGAAAUGAUUAUAUUAAGCAACAUAACCCAACUCAGAAAGAUAAAUACUGCAUGUUUUUCUCA